ACUCGAUGCUGCAAGCCUUAGAUGAUUUUAUCGUAGCAGUAAGGCAUGACAUUAGAAUACGUUUACAAGCAACCUGAAUAUAGUGACGUGUCAUCUCAUCAUAGACGUGUAUGGGCUCUGAUCAGUUUGUUUCAUUGGAAUUUAGUCAGUUUAUUAUUGUUGGUCUCUUCUCGUCUUGUGACAGGAAAUGAUAUGAUUACGCUGGAGCCAACGUUCGCCGAUCCAGUGCCUAACAUAUCCGUGCCUUUAGGCAGAGAUGCCAGCUUUCCUUGUGUGGUGGAUCAUCUCAGACAAUUUAAGGUUGCAUGGAUAAAAGUAGAGAAUAAAGCUAUUUUGUCGAUUCACAAACACAUCAUUACACGGAACUACAGGAUAUUUCUUAGUUCUUCUGAUAACAGACAGUUUGUUCUGCGUAUCAAAAACGUUCAGGAAUCGGACCGCGGUGGAUAUAUGUGCCAGGUUAAUACAUCGCCUAUGAUAAGCCAGGCUGGUUACCUUGAGGUCCUUGUUCCACCACAUAUCAAUGAGACUGAAAGUAGUUCGGAUAUGACAAUACGAGAGGGAGCUGACGUCGUUUUGACAUGCAAAGCUGAUGGAUAUCCAUUACCUACUGUCACCUGGCGGAGAGAAGACGGACAACGAAUACCAUUAACUGCUGUUAAUGGAAAGAAGUUUGUAGUCGCUUCUUAUCUUGGAGAACAACUGAUUAUUACCCGUAUAAGUCGUCUCCACAUGGGAGCCUAUCUCUGUAUCGCUUCCAACGAUGUACCUCCAUCAAUAAGUCGCAGAAUUGUAGUAGAAGUUGAAUUUCCUCCAGUGAUUUGGGUGCCUACUCAAACUCUGGGUCGACGAAUAGGGGAAGAUGUCACCUUGACUUGCCACAUUGAAGCCCAUCCUACAUCCAUGAACACAUGGAUGAAAGAUGUAAAAAGCAUUCCUGCUAAACAUUCAAAAUAUCGGACAGAUAUACAGAAACGAUCCUAUAAACUACUGACUAAGCUGACCAUACGAGAUUUACGAGAGACAGACUUUGGACUUUACAGAUGUUUAGCUCAAAACAAACUCGGGCAAUUUGAAGGAAAGAUCAACGUCUAUGAGCUCCCACUGAGUGUUACGCAAGUUCUAAACAGUAUGUUAGGAGAGGAAUUUCAACUCAGCACGCAAGUACUGACCAAUAUUAGAGAAGAGCAACAAGCCGAAAUUGAAGAAUUAAAUUUUUCUACAAUCGUUUCCACUGGUCUUCCUGUUAUCGAACAGACUCACAGAAAAGUAGCAGUAAUUAAAACAGGUACAGGGAAUGACUCCGCUACAAAUUGGACAAGUUAUAUGCAUUUUGUUCUCAUUUCCUUGCUGUAUUUUACCAGAUCAGCGAUUAGUUAGUCAAUAGAAUAUUGACACACGGAAAUAUAGAAGUGCCAUGAGGUUUUCAUAUCUUAGUUUUUUUAGUGUUGUGUUGAAUAUAUUCUUCGGCAAGAAAUAUCUUAAGUUUCGUUUCUCUGUCUAAGCGUCUGUAUACAAGCAGCACGAUUAUUUGGUUGUGUUCGUUGGCGAGGCCGUAAGCAAUCUUCUCUUGCAUAAUAUUGGUGAUUUAUUUUAUUGAUAGAUGUAACACUGAGAAAUAGUUAUUUCAUACAUCACUUAACUAGAUUCAAUCAGUAAUGUGAAACCAAUAAAGGUUCGUAAUCAGGAAAUGUGUGCACAUCUUUUAACAGAACAUCAAUAAAUGUAUGCUUGGAUAAA